AUGAAGUUGCUCUGGGGCCUCGGCUCCCUUUUUAGCUGUACUACAAUCGCCCUCGCCAAAGUCGAUCCCCCUUACUAUGCCAACUUGACCUGGCAGCCUGCGCGCAGCCUGUCCAACUGGUCCAACCUGACCGUGGAAACGCAGACAGGCACCUUCAUCGGUAUGCUCAACGAUACCUAUCCUAAUGUUCGGCAGUUCCUGAGAAUUCCGUAUGCUAAGCCACCGGUCGGCGACCUUCGAUGGCUGCCGCCGCAAAGGCCGGAAAAGUCGCGCAGAAAGUACGAUUCAACACGGUAUGGCCCAGCGUGUCCGCAGUACGUCAGUGGUGAGAGCAGCAUGUGGAACGAAUAUGCACCCCCCAACCUGUUGGUCAGCCUAGGCGAGGACUUGAACCAAGGGGCGGUGGCUUGGUCCUCGUCGGAAGACUGUCUCUCCUUGGCUGUCUGGACCCCAUCCUAUGCAAGUCACACCUCUAAGCUCCCUGUGGCGCUGUUUGUGACUGGUGGCGGAGGAAUAACGGGAGGGAUCGAAAUCCCGUCCCAGCUGCCCUCCCCGUGGGUCUCUCGUUCGCAGGAACAUAUUGUGGUAACAAUCAAUUACCGUGCCAACAUCUUCGGAAAUCCGAAAUCAAGGGCCCUGAACGACACGUCACUCACGCUCCUGGAUGUGAGGGCGGCUGCGGAAUGGGUGCAUGAAAACAUCGAGGCUUUUGGCGGAGAUUCGCAAAACAUCAUGCUCUGGGGUCAAUCGCAAGGGGCAGCCUUGACGCACCUCUACACCCUCGCUUUCCCUGACGACCCUCUGGCAGUCAAGUUCGGCGUCAUCUCUCAACCACCCUCCGUCACCAUCGACCUGAGCACCACCGACGAUGUCUAUCAGGACUUUGACAUCGUUGCCAAGGCUCUGGGCUGCAACUACGGUGAUGAUGCGGAUGCCGAGCUCGAGUGCAUGCGCCAGGUCUCAUGGGUCCAGAUCGAAGAGUACAUCAACCGGUACUCGGGCUCGCCGUCGAUCGCCUUUAGCAACUAUAUCCCCGAUGAAAAAUACAUCUUUGCCAAUGAAUCGCAGAGAUAUGCCGAAGGAAAAGUAGCUCGGGGUCCAGCCAUCCGAUCCGAUGCGGCAAGGGAGAUGGCAUCGGAUAAUACGACCUCGGUGAUGAUAGCGGAAGGGGAAUGGGAUUGCAGGGCAGCCCAGGACUCGGUGCUGAGGCGGUCCCUCGGGCUCGAUACAUAUCGAUACUUCUGGGGCGGUAACUUCUCCAACAUCAGCCCCGUGGACUGGCUGGGUGCCUUUCACUGGUCUGAUCUGCUGCUGAUCUUCGGUACCUACCGGGAAGACGUGGGUGAGGUAUCGCAGCUGGAGGUGAAGACAUCGGAGGCUAUGCAAGACCACCUUCUGGCCUUCCUGAAGGAUCCAUCCACGGUCAACGUUACCGUCGGGUGGCCUGCAUUUGAUGCGGACAGCCCCGGUGGUGGCAAGAUCCUCGAGUUCGGAAAAGAGACCCCUGUGCGCAUGGUAACUGGGGAUUGGCUUGAUGGAGGGUGUUAUAACUCCUCGAUUCCCUUUCGGAUCUGGGGGUAAGCUUGGGAACUGGAAGGCAUAUGGACAAUUAUCGCUGGCGGAAACCACAGUGUCAAUGUUGGCGUGUGAUGCAUAUUCAAGAUGACUCGUUCAUGUUCUGU